CCGGGAUCUCCCACUUUCUUCAUCAGACUUCAUCGAGCAACACAGGCGUACAGACCGCUCUUCCUCUGCUCUCCUCUCGAACAGCGACACAACAUCCUGCAAACACCCCGCCUCAACCCGGACUCUGAACCUUCAACCUUCGCUGGCUAAGCACGAAGAAGUCAAUUAGUGAUUUUCCAAACAGAUUUUCACUGGAAAGCUCGACUAGUCUAAUUACCAAGCCAGGGAUUUCUGGGCUACGUCAAGUAUAGCCGCCAACUUUAAACCGUUUUUUUUUGUUGUUGCGCUGUUGAUCCGUCCGUCUCAGCCGUGCAAUAAUGUCCGAGGUACUGCCGUACAGCGAGGGGAAAAUGAGCGGCUAUGGAGACAGCGAGGCCAGUCAGGUGUCCUUUAGCUGCGGACUACAGGACACCAAUUCGUUCUUCGGUGCGUCGCAAGCGAAAAGACCCCCAAAGCUGGGACAGAUCGGCAGAGCCAAGAGAGUGGUCAUCGAAGACGACAGAAUAGACGACGUUCUAAAGGGGAUGGCAGACAAGUCGUCACCAGGUGUUUAAAGAUGAACAAUGCCUUGCAGACUUUUUAUUUUGAUCACCGAUUUGAAGCACUUGUCGGCUGUGCAUGUUCGAGGAUUGUAGGAGAAACGAUGGCACGAAGCGAAGACAAGGGGAAGGAAAGGGGUGGAAAGAUGUGAAGAUUGGACGAGAAAGCAGAGGAAGAGUUUGAGGAAGAGUCCGGAAAAGACCGAGAUUUAUCUUGUGGUUGCUGACAAUUUGAUGAAACCCGAUUUUAACUUCUGCUGCGCAGCGUGAUGUUGAGAUGGCGGAUCCUGGCUCCGUGUCUCAACCUCAGCUGACUUCUCUGAUGGAUGAAUUUGCCAUAACUUCACGACCAUCUUCCAAACGCGCCGUAAGCAACAACAAACUAGAACUGGUGGCAGAAUUUCAUUUAAAGCUCUGUUUCUAUAGUUGUACCCAGUAGACUGCCUAUGCUCGAAGACCAUAUUACCCUUGCAGGCUUUGCAUUGUUGAUAACAAUCGGCGACAUUGCAUUCAAGGGAGCUGUACUUUUCAGCAUUGGUCGAACGUAGAAUGCAUUCCUAUCCGAUUGCUGCUAAAGCUUUUUAAUACAGACCAACCAAACACUGAUAUCCAGUAACUAGAAUAAAUCCAUUGUGUGUAACAAAAAUAUAUAUACAGAGGAUGGUGCAAUGUUAAUAUUUUAUUUGGUAGGCCUAUAUUCACUUUGGCUUCACCUGUAAAGAAUAAGCUAGUAGGCCUAAUGCAUAGUCCCCAGGUUCAAUUGAAUGAAAUUGAUACAUGGGCUUACAUUACCCCCCACGGUUAAAGAUGCAGCUCGGCGCCUUCGUGUAUCUUUAGCCUACCGACACCUGCACAUAGGCUCUCUGGUUCACUUUUACAGACUAGAAAUAUCGAAGGAGGCCAGAAGAGAUGGGCAAAUUAUAAAUGUUUGAAACAAUAAUCAUGAAAUUAAUGGGAAAAUAUAUAUUUUUUAAUUUAUUUAUUUUGAUGUUGCAAUUAUUCGU